AAAGACAGGUGUAUUUCUGUUGUAUCGUGCAUAAAAUGAAUUGAAAUAAAUUGCAUAACAAAGCUAGUUAUUUAAAUAAAAAUGGCGGACGAAAGCCACGCACGGUCAAGAAGCUUCGUCUGGCAAAAUGACGAGACAUAUUUACGGAAUGUGGAGAGGGAGGUCUUGAUACCCAAGAAGAUGAGGGACAAAGCGAAGGUCCAAUGUGCCCAGUAUGUCGAUGCGUUUACCAAAUGCUGCCAGGAUAGUGGUCUUGCAAUGGCAAUCAAAUGCAGAAAAGAGAACAGUGAAUUGAAGGAAUGCGUCACAAAAUACUACAAGGACCCAGAGUUUUUCGAGAUGUGCAAGCAAGAGUAUCUUGCAGAAAGAGCGGAAUUUAGAGCCACGGGCAUCACAAAGAAAAAGAAGAAGCUCCUAGAGCAGCAACAACAGGCAGAACAAGACCAGCAACAGCCAACAUAGUCUUCAUAGUUUCCCCGCAACCAAUGCCCAACAGAACUUUUAAGGAUUACAAAUAAACAGCGUUUGACAAAUUUCAUGUGCCUGCUUUAUGGAUAAGUGGCCCCUUCCUACUGUGCAUGGACAAAGUGGAUCACAACUUGCACUGUGUACAUUUGUACAUCGACACCAAAGGUGGGCAGGGUUUCUGGCCAAAUUUGGAAUGCUGCAUUGAUAUCUUUGAGAGGACAAUCAAGAUGGUUGUAAAGAGGCCAGGUUGUACAAGUGCCUCCACUUAAGUUUAAUACAGCAAGGGGGUUCGAAUCCACGUGUUGUAAACUAACAAGGGAUUCCUGAAGGCUAAAGUAACGGUUGUUGGUUUGAAUAAGUCUGCCUUUUAGCAGUCAUUUGUCAUUGCGCCUUUGAUUUGAUACUCUCAACUUCCAUGUGAUUUGAAUCCUGUGGAUGUACGAGUUGAAGAGAUUGGGCCAAUAACCCUAACUCCCCAGGCAAUUUUGCUAGGAUGCAACCUAAAUCCUCCAGCUGCCUCCAUGUAAAAAUAGCAUACAGCCUCAAUCUUCCAAAAUCAUCCAUUAUUUCUUGAAUGUGGUCCUUCAAGGGGUGACCACUGCCUCAAUCCUCCGGCAAGUACUGUCAGUAUGUUGAGGCAGAGCCAGUGACAUCCUGGAGCAGUGCGGAGGAUUUCAAGUAUAAUCUAGGCCAGAAUGUAUACACGGCUGAGCAUAAGCAACACAAGCUUCAGCCCACUACCUUGACACAGUGCAUUCUCCAAAGCCAGCCACACAUUUUUGCCAUAUAGCCUCAAUCCUGCAAAAUCCUCCAUUUUGAAAAGAGGAUUUUGGAGGAUUUGAGAAGGUUAGGGUUAACAGCUUUUGGCAGCUGUUUAUUAAAGUUAUCUGCAGAAUAACAAAUUUUAAUUCGUAUUCUGCUUUCAUGACUCAGUUUAAAUUUUAAGCUGGUAAGCUAGAAAGACAUUGUAUGUCAUUGAAAAUUUUAGCUAUCAAAGAAAGAUGAACAAAAACCCAUGAAUUUUUCAUAAAGUUGU